CGCGGCGGGACCCACGCGUCAGUCGCCUUCGCCCUCACCCACCCGGCGGAGCGCAGGGUCGCAGGUGCAGCAGCAGACUUGACCAGGAGAAGAGAACACCACUUCCCAGCUCAGACCAGCAGCCGCCCCUUCCAGCCUCCAUCGGCCACCGCUCCCCCUCCGCGCCUCGCCGGCCGCCGACGCACCGUGCCGACCGCUCCUUCCUUCCCCGCCGCAUCCCCCUCAGGCGGCGGCGCCAGUUCCCGAUCGCCAGCGGCCCACGCGCCCCCACCCAAUGGGCGCCCUCAGCCGCAACCUCACAGCGCUUCUCGCGAUCCGCCGUAGCGGCAGCCGCCUGUUCGAGCGGUAGGUCAACUCGUGCGCCGCGCGGCUGGUGGUGGUGUGAGGACACAGGCGGAGGGGGGAAUUAGGGGACUACUCGGGGUGCAGCAGACAUGCUGGGGUCGGGGCUGAACCUGGUCAGCGCGGCGCUCGGCUUCGGCAUGACCGCCGCCUUCGUUGCGUUCGUCUGCGCGCGGUUCAUCUGCUGCCGAGGCCGUCACGCGGACGCCCGCGCGUCGCCGCCGCCGUCCUCGCCGUCGGAAUUCCCCGCGGAUCUUGACCUUCCGAUAGAGCAUGUUCGUUGUGGGUUGGAACCUUUGGUUGUUGCUGCAAUUCCGACCAUGAAGUACAAUUGUGAGGCUUUUCAUUCUAAAGAUGAUGCCCAGUGCUCCAUAUGUUUAGGCGAGUACAAGGAGAAAGAGAUUCUAAGAAUCAUACCGACAUGCCGUCAUAACUUUCACCUUGCCUGCUUAGAUGUAUGGUUGCAGAAGCAGACAACUUGCCCAAUAUGCCGAAUCUCAUUGAAAGAGCUGCAGGCUGCCGUGUCAUCUUCACGUAGCAUCCAGCAACUCCCCACUGUUCCAGAGAAUUCCGUUAACACAACACAUCAAUGGCUCCUCCCUGUUCAUCAUGAUCACAGAAGUGAAGAUAAUAGCCCAGAGACACAAGAAUCAGUAGAAGUGGUUAUUGAAAUUCGACAAUGAAUACAUCAGUGACAUGACUAUUGAAGCAAAGAAAGGAAAACAUGAAACUGCAGAAGUGGUUAUUGAAAUUCGACAAUGAAUACAUCAGUGACAUGACUAUUGAAGCAAAGAAAGGAAAACAUGAAACUGCAUUUCCUGUAUUUUGCAUCAGUAUGUUCUGCGGGACUCUGAAUAUCGCGUCCUUCACUGCAUUGAGCAGCAUCAUAAUGUUUGAUCUCAGAAUUACUUUGCAAAUGAGACAUUUCGUGUACAUUUCACGUGGUAGGUUAACAUGCUAUGUCUUUAGACA